ACUCAUUUCUGAUAAUAACAUGGUGAGAACAUAAACAAUUAUGCCGAGUAAUAAUUAUGCAUUAUCAUAGCCAGUGAACGGAUUUUUACAUCCUCAUCUCUAAUUUUCUGUUACUUUGUAGUCUCUGUGUGACAAAUUAUUGAGCAGCUUUGCUGUAAUUCUAAUAAUAUUAUCUCUAUGAUAGUGCUUGCAAUCUCAGGGCCUCUUGUGAAGGUCCUUUCUUCUCUGUCAUUUUUCCUUCUCUUUCAGACCUCAACAACAUCUUAGAACUUUCAAUUACUUUUUUUAAUCCUGCUAGCAUUCACAUUCAUUUGCCAAAGUUUCGAAAAAAAUCCGUCGCAUUGUGGAACGCCACUGCACCUAUAAUUUCUGUCCAGCACCGAUACCAGUGAUUCAUCAUGAAAUCAAAUCCAAUUUCGAUUCCUGUGCCUUGGGGUUCCAUCGAAGGCAAAACAUGGGGAGAUAUCAACAACGCUCCAGUUCUGGUUGUACAUGGUCGACAAGACAAUUGCGGAACAUUUGAUCCAUUGAUCCCCCAGCUACCUCAAGAAUAUUUUUAUGUUUGUAUUGACCACCCAGGUCACGGAAAAUCAUCUCCGUUUCCUGCAGGAACACCCUUGAAAUUCUUUGAUUACGUUUUGACCCUAAAAAGAGUGAUAAAUUAUUUUAGUUGGAAGGAAGUGAUAUGUUUAGGUCAUAGUUUUGGUGCACAAGUCAGUCUAUAUUUAGCAGCGUUUUACCCUGAGCUGGUGAAAAAAAUAAUUGCGCUGGAUGGUGUAUCACCAGACUGUGUAGAAACUCACCAGAUCACCUCCUGGUACAGGAGGCAAUUCGAUAAUUUCUUAAGCCAAGAAAAAAAGUUGGCCAAUAAAAGCCCUCCAUCUUAUUCUUAUUCAGAGGCUGCACAUAGAGUAAAAAAUAACCGAUGGAUGUCCCAAUUGACUGAUGAAGCUUGCAAUAUUCUUAUUGAGAGGUCCCUAGUUCCCAAUGAAAAUGGUUAUUAUUUUAGUACCGAUCAACGAUUCAAAAUUGGAGUCUUGCCAGGACUCACCAGUGACCAGCAGAUUUCUGUUUUUAAACAAAUCCGGUGUCCAAUUAUAAUGAUUGUAGCAGAUGAGACUGCAAGUAAGUUUUGGUCAAAAGAUUCCAAUAUUAAGAACGUAUAUAAUUAUUUUAAAUUUGAAGCAUUAAAUGCUUCUGUAAUAAUUGUGAGUGGUAACCAUGAUGUGCAUUUGAACCAUCCCGAAAGGGUUUUGCCGUACGUAAAAUCGUUUUUGUCCAAUGCGCGGAGCAAACUGUAAAGACAGACUUUCGCUACCCUGUUCAUAUAACUUAAUUAAGCCUUCCAAAAAUUCUAAUGUAAAUAGCAUUUUCCAAUAAAAUAAGGUCAAUGCUUAUACCUAGCGCUUGUUAGUUUAUACUUUAACUUCAAUUUCAAAGUCUGAGAAGUUGACAUGGGAAAUUGGAGAAAAAUUGAUUUAAAAGUGAGAAAAUGUGCCGCCUUGUGAC